AUGUCACGUUCUCUCGCCCAGAGCUGCUUCAGACAGCUGUCACGGAGUCCCUUGAAGCAGGGAUCUUUGCCUGUUUUCCUCGCUCCCGCCUUUUCCUCCCAACGAACACAAUGUUUCUCGACCACCUCACCGACGCAAUCUCGAGUUGGCGGCGCCGCGCUCUCCAUCCCCCCCGAAGUCACCCUGAAAUUCAUCGACCUGCCUCAGACUCAAGUGAGAGGAAUGGCCAAGGAGAAGCCGAAGGUGGCGAUUGAGGUGAAAGGGCCAUUGGGUGAAAUGACGCUGGAUCUUCCCCCCUUCCUGGAGGUCGCACACGACGAGGCUACUCGGAAAGCCAGUCUCACUGUUCAGGACCCUGAGAUCGCGCACCAACGCGCUAUGUGGGGUACCAUUCGGGCGCACCUACAAAACUACAUCCUCGGCGUGUCGGAAGGUCACAUCUGCAUUCUCAGUCUGGUCGGUGUCGGUUACAGAGCUACCGUCGAAUCGUCGGCCACCACCGUCGAGCCCGAAUACCCCGGUCAGCAGUUCGUCUCUCUGAAGGUCGGAUACUCCCACCCGAUCGAAUUGGGCGUCCCCCAGGGUGUCAAGGCGAGCACUCCGCAGCCGACGCGUAUCCUGCUGGAGGGAGUCAACAAGAACGUGGUCACCAAGUUUGCGGCGGAGAUCAAGGAAUGGAGAAGACCGGAACCGUACAAGGGCAAGGGUAUCUUCAUAAACGGGGAGACGAUCAAGUUGAAGGCCAAGAAGAUCCGGUAA